UCGCCAGAUUUUUGUUGCCCAGUUCUUGCCUUUCGGCCGCCGUUCCCGCGCGCUGUCUCGGACGCUGGUGCGGACGACGGACUUAACGGGAGGAACGCUCCCCUCCCUCCCGGCUUUUUGUCUUUUGGGCACUGGUGACGUGGAGCUCCGGGUGCUGCAGGUUUUGCUGUUUUGCGCGUCAGCCCUGCCGGGGCGGCGUUUGCGGGCGAGGCCUGGGCCGUUCAAGGAAAAGCCGACGCGAUGAAAGUUGACGCAGAAAGGCUCUGGAAGCACAUGGAAAAAAACAAAGUAGACAAUAUAUUUGAGUGUAUGCACAAGGCACUGUUGUCUUUGCAACAGAAGAUCAAAGAUGGAACUGCAACAAGUGAAGAAUGCAAUCAAGCUUUGGCACUUGUGAACCAGCUGGGUAUGACUGACCUCUUAACCCUGGCGCAUGAAAAUAAGAAUAUGUGCAAUCUGGAUUUACCUCUGUCUGCUCCAGGGAAAAUUACAGAAGAUGCUGGAGAUGAUUUUUCUUUACUGGAAAUUGAUGAGGGAAUGGAUUUAAGAACUGAAGGAGAAUCUACAGAUACAUCUUCCAAGUACUACCAGGAUCAUGUCUGUUCUAAGAAAUGUCUUUCCAAAAGACCAUGGAAUUCCUACAAAGAAGAAAACCCAUUGAAGUUGCCAAUGCUGUGUCACUUCCAGAGAUGGCAUGCCAAAGCUGAUUCUGGCUCAAAACCACACGAUGUGCUAUACAAAGCUCCUUGUGGAAAGAGCUUGAGAAAUUUUAAAGACGUGCAGAAUUACUUAUUUCAAACAGAAUGCAGCUUUUUAUUUUUAGAUCAUUUUUCUUUCAAUACCUACGUGCAGGUAUACAGAAGCAGUUCUAGUCCCCGGGCAUUUGUCACUGAUCCAGAUAUCAGCCAAGGGGCAGAGACUGUACCAGUGUCAUUCUGUAAUGAUAUCAGCCAUGAUCGGCUGCCUUGCUUUAAAUACCGGAAGACCUCUUGGCCACAUGGAUACUUCUUGAAUAACUUCUCCAGCAGUUUUCUUGACUCCUGCAACUGUACCGAUGGCUGCAUUGACAGGACAAAAUGUGCGUGCCUGCUUCUUACUAAAGGAGCCUUCUUGAAAACUUCUAUGUCUCAAAGAAAUGGACCAUCUCACGGUUAUACUUAUAAAAGGCUGGAGGAACCUAUUUCCAGUGGAGUGUAUGAAUGUAGCUUCCUCUGCAGCUGUGACAAGAACAUGUGCCAGAACAGAUUGGUACAGCAUGGCCUUCAAGUUCGCUUACAAGUCUUCAGCACUGAAAAGAAGGGCUGGGGAGUUCGCUGCCUUGAUGACAUUGACAAGGGAACAUUUGUUUGUAUCUAUGCAGGGAAAUUGAUGUCCAGAGAUGAACAUUACCAGGGUAAAAAUAGUGGUGAAAUUGAAGAAGUUACCAAGAAUACCAACCAGAGUUUAUUUUCAAGAAAGAGAAAACUGGAUACAGUCUGUUCUGAUUCAGAGAAUGAACCUACUCAGGACACUGGAAGAAAACAUUCUUUACAUCUGAAUGCUGAAAGUCAACCAAAUCACAGAAUUCAAAACUACACUUCAUGCAAGAAUUGGAAUGUACAUACCAUUGCAAGACCUAAAAGUAAAACAUCCCUUCUUCAAAGACACCGGCAAGAACUAGGAAUUACUGAUGCCAGCUCUGAUGAAGAUGAGAGUUCUUUAUGUCAGGUGUCAGGAACAAGAAGAAUAACUCCAGCAACCGAAAAAGGAGAUAAACAAUCAAGCCUGGAAGGAGAAUUUGAGAAAUUGGUAAACACCAUAAGUUCUGAAGCUAAUACUGAUUGCCAUAAAGAGAAUCUCUUUUCUGAUGCUGUAUUGAAAAGUAAACUACCUAUGGAAGAUGACAAAGAAGUGAAAAAACAACAUAAAGACCUACUUGAAUCAGACAGCACAAUAAAGGGAAAAACUCAGAGAAACAGGCAGGAACUGUCUUGUAUGCAGGAGGCAGCAAAAAUUGAGACCUGCCCAAAGAAUGAAGAAAAUCCUUGUUUGCUGGAUGCCACAAGGGAAGGCAAUGUAGGCAGGUUUCUUAAUCACAGCUGCUCUCCUAAUCUCUUCGUACAAAGUGUUUUUGUAGAGACUCACAACAGAAAUUUCCCCUGGGUGGCGUUCUUCACAAAGAGACAUGUAAAAGCUGGAACUGAACUUACAUGGGAUUAUGGUUAUAAAGCUGGAAGUAUGCCUGAGACAGAGACUACCUGCCAGUGUGGGAGUCUGAAAUGUCGGAAAAAAAUCUUGUAGAGUUUUUGUAUGUAUUAAUCUAGAACCUGGUGAAAUGGGUAGCAUACAAAUAAUGUACUUUUUUUAAAAAAAGGAUUGAUACGCACAACCUUUUUGGAUCAAGGCAUCUCUGUACUAUCUACAUUUAUUAAUGGAAGCAUCUCAUUCCAGUCUAGGGCUGAUUUCUGUCACUGCUCUGAGUUUUGAACAGCUUCAUUGGAUUUCAGUUUUUAGUGAUUUGAGAUAAUUGCAAAGAUAUUUUUUUGGAUCUCAAAAAGGAAUUGGUAAAACCAGAUACAGUAGUUCCUCAGGGACAGGUCUAAGAUAUGCUGCUGAGAAUUUCCAGUAUAUUAUAUACACAGUAGUGAGUCUCAAAUGUAUGAAGUACUGAGUCACAUGCACUAACAUACUAAUAUAGUAACAGGCAGCUAGCUUCCUAUAGUCGUAUUUGUAAAGAUGGAAUUUUUUUAGCAAGCCAUUGGCUAUUGCGUGAAAAGAUGGUGGUAAUAAAAAUAUCUAGUAAAAUAACAAAGGUUUGACAGACAUGUAAUAGCAGCACACAUGUGACUUAUAAUCAUAUCCUACAAUACACUUUGCAGAGGUGGGAUUGAAAAACUUUUACCACCAGUUCUGGGGGCGUGGCAGGGGAAAAUCCUCAUUCCCUCCCCAUUCUCAAAAUUUCUGCUGCUGGUUCUCCAGAACCUGUCAGAACUAGCUGAAUACCACCUCUGCAGCUUUGCCCCUUCUACUCAAAUUCCUAUGAAUACUCAUAAUCAAGAAGACCAGACUUGGCUUGGAGUGGCAUACUGAAAAUUGAGGAAAGGUUAGGACAGAGAACUGGUCCUAAAAGACAAUAGCUGAAAUGUACUCAUUGUAUUUAAUUAACUAUAUGUAUAUUAUUUUAAUAUGAUAUAUUGGUCUGUAUUUAAUCAUCUACUUUGUUGUAUAAUAAAACUUUAUUCAGUA